GCCCGCUAUUGCGCAGGCGCCUCCGGAAGAGCUCGGCCUGGCUCCCCAGCGUUCAGAUCUCGGUCGCUUCCAAUACGCACCGGCGCCGGGUUCCGCGCGCGCGGGGUUCCGCGAGCUGCAGGGACGUGGCGGCAGCAGGAACCCUGACUGCCCUCCUUCAGCAUGUUCAUUAUGAAAUUAUUGCGGGUACUUUUGUUUGCUGGGCUCCUAACUGGUUGCGGAGGGAACUCUUCCCAUCCUUUGCCGCCCAGGUUACUGCUGGUGUCCUUCGAUGGCUUCAGAGCUGACUACCUACAGAACUACGAAUUUCCUCAUCUCCAGAACUUUAUCAAAGAAGGCGUCCUGGUCAAGCAGGUUCAGAACGUUUUCAUCACCAAAACAUUUCCCAACCACUACAGCAUCGUGACGGGCCUGUAUGAAGAAAGCCACGGCAUUGUGGCCAAUUCCAUGUAUGAUGUCAUCGCAAAGAAACACUUCUCCGACACGAACGACAAAGAUCCUUUUUGGUGGAAUGAGGCAGUGCCUAUCUGGGUGACCAAUCAGCUUCAGGGCAACAGAUCCAGCGCAGCUGCCAUGUGGCCUGGCACGGACGUCCCCAUUCACAACACCACGCCGUCCUACUUCAUGGAUUACAGCCCCGCCGUGUCCUUUGGGGAGCGGCUGGGUAACCUCACCACGUGGCUGAGCAGUUCGAACCCACCGGUCACCUUUGCGACGCUCUAUUGGGAAGAACCAGACGCAAGUGGCCACAAAUAUGGCCCCGCAGAUAAAGACAACAUGCGCAGGGUGUUGAAAGAAGUAGAUGACCAUGUCGGAGAGCUCAUUCACCAGCUCAAGGUGUUAGGGCUGUGGGAAACUCUUAACGUGAUCAUUACAAGUGAUCAUGGGAUGACCCAGUGCUCUAAGGACAGACUGAUAAACUUGGAUCAGUGCAUCGACCCGGCAGACUACACUCUUGUAGACUUGACCCCAGUGGCUGCCAUACUUCCCAAGAAAAAUAGAACAAAAGUUUAUUACAAACUGAAAGUCUGUGACCCUCACAUGAAAGUUUAUCUCAAAGAAGACAUUCCUGCCAGGUUUCAUUACCAACAUAAUGACCGAAUUCAGCCUAUUAUUUUGGUUGCCGAUGAAGGCUGGACAAUUGUGUUAAAUAAAUCAUCCCUCAAACUAGGUGACCACGGUUAUGAUAACUCUUUGCCUAGUAUGAAUCCGUUUCUAGCUGCCCACGGGCCUGCAUUUCACAAAGGCUACCAACACAGCACCAUUAAUACCGUGGAUAUUUACCCAAUGAUGUGCCACAUCCUGGGAUUAAAGCCACAUCCCAAUAAUGGAACCUUUGGGCACACCAAGUGUUUGUUAGUCGACCAGUGGUGCAUUAAUCUCCCAGAAGCCAUCGGAAUUGUUAUCGGGGCGCUCUUGGUUUUAACCACGCUAACCUGCCUCAUCAUAAUCAUGCAGAAUAGACUCUCCCGGCCCCGGCCGUUUUCCCGACUUCAGCUGCAAGAAGAUGAUGACGACCCUUUAAUUGGGUAACAUGAGCUGGGGUUUAUACACAGUGGCUUUGAUUAGGACGCACCCAAGGAACUAUGGUGUCACAACUAGGAAAAAGUACACUUUGAAAGACAGAGAACUUAGACCACGCAUGCUCAGCUCGUUUUGUUUUUCCUUGUGUUUUGUUUUGCUUUCUUAGCGAAUACAAGAAACUCUGACCAUAGUGAAAAUUGCUACUAAAUCAUUAGUUAAACACCACCUGUUUCUCUAACUGGAACCUUUUUUUUAGGGAAAAAUACUGCCUUUGCCUUUUUUUUUUUUGGCAAAGAAGAUGUGACACAUCUUUAGAUGAAAAUGCACCAAAAUUUAAGGGGUAGGCUUUUCGAAUACAUUUUUACAUUUGUAAAUUAAACAACAGAAAUCUUUAUAAAAUCUGUGAAUUUUGUGAAUCAGGGAGGGAAAGUUUCCUGUAUUUUUAUAUUUACUAUUAAUAGACUUUGUAACCCACGUAAAAAACCCCCAGAGGUAGGAAAUUCUCUGUGAUGGUUAAUGAAAUGGAUCAACCAGGCAGAAAAGAUCUAGCAUAUGAAGACGUUACUAUAAGAAAAAUUAUUAUAAAAAACAAGCAAAGACCAUGUGACACAAAGCCUGGCCUUCGCCAUUGCAUUUUUGUUAAAACCCGUACGCUGUUAAAGAAAGCCUCAAAAGCUGUGUCUUUGAAAGAUUAUUGCUAAUAAGAAAAUAGGGGAAAAUAGAGACAAGUGCAUUUCCUGCUUUGUGCUGAA